AUGUUCCUUCAACGCACCGUCCUCACCGCGGCCCGCCGAGCCGCCGUCGCGCCCGCCGUGACCCGCUCCUUUGCGACCUCGUUUGUUCGCCGCGAAGCUGCCAAGGGCGGCCCUUCGAGCCCCAAGGGGCAGGCCGCUGCCCUCGCCGGCUCUUCCGAGGCGAAGAUUGGAAGCUACAAGACUUUCAAAGAGGUGAAGUUUGAGGAGGAUCUUCUCGGCCCCGGUGCCGCCCCUGGCACUGUUCCCACCGAUCUCGAACAAGCCACCGGUCUCGAGCGUCUCGAAAUCCUCGGCAAGAUGGAGGGUGUCGACAUCUUCGACAUGCGCCCUCUGGAUGCCAGCCGCCUGGGGACGAUGGAGAACCCCAUUUCAGUCCGCUCCGCCGGCGAGGAGCAGUUCGCCGGUUGCACGGGAUACCCUGCCGACUCUCACGUCGUUCACUGGCUCGGCCUGACCCGUGAGCGUCCCAUCGAGCGAUGCCCCGAAUGCGGCAGCGUCUACAAGAUGGAUUACGUCGGCCCUCAGGACGAUCACCACGGCCACCACCACGGCCCCGAGAUUGAGGAGCCCAAGACCUUUGCCGACUUCAUCAAGCCCGAGUACCGCUACCGAUAA